UGCAGUUUUGGAGCGAAAUGCAAUAAUAAAUUGUCAAGAUAGCAGCGUAGGCUCUUUCAACAAUGAGGAAGGUGGUCUUGAUCGCGCUAUUGGGACGGGAACAGCCCCGCCGAAAGCGCAGGUCUGUGUGGUUCCAGAGAUGGUUCAAGUCCCGAAAGCAGGCAGGGAAGUUCCACCGUCUCAUUCAAGAGCUUCGAAUGUUUGGAGAGGAAUUCCGAAGUUACUUUCGUCUGGACCGAAGCCAGUUCGAUCACCUGCUCCAGAUGGUUGGAGCCAGGAUCGCCCGGAUGGAUACCAACUACCRGGAGUCCAUCWGCCCAGUUGAACGCCUGGYRAUUUGUCUCCGAUUCUUGGCGACAGGGGACUCCUACAGGACCAUUGGAUUCAGCUUCCGAGUUGGACGGUCCACGGUGGCAGGCAUUGUUCCCUCUGUGGCACAAGCCAUUUGGGACUGUCUGGUUGGUGAAUACAUGCCUGUCCCCAAGGAGGAAGCCUGUAGGGCCAUCGCUGCCGAGUUCCUGGAGAGGUGGAAUUUCCCCAACUGUCUUGGCUCCAUUGACGGGAAACAUGUAGUAAUCCAGGCUCCACCGUGCUCAGGUUCGCAAUUCUACAACUACAAUGGUACAUAUUCAGUUGUACUCUUGGCUGUAGUAGAUGCCAUCUACUGUUUCCGUGUUGUCGAUGUUGGUGCUUACAGCAAGGGAAGUGAUGGCGGGACCCUCCGGGACUCUGCCUUCGGCCAGGCACUUCAGGAUGGCACCCUGGAGAUUCCACCACCUGCAUCACUCCCUGGAGCUGAAGACCUGGGACCUGUUCCCCACGUCUUCGUCGGCGACGAGGCCUUCCCUUUAAGACCCAACCCCAUGAGGCCCUACGCUGGACGCCAGCUGCCAUUACCAAAGCCUGUAAGGAUCUUUAACAAACGAUUGUCCAGGGCAAGGUUAGUUGUUGAAUGCACCUUUGGGAUUCUGGCAGCCCGGUGGAGAAUGUAUUGGAGAGUGCUUGGUCUCAGCCCCUCAAAUGUCAAUGCCUGCGUGAAGGCCACAUGUGUUCUCUAUAACUACCUGCAGAGGUCAUUCCAGGAGCCGCUCCGGAUGGAGAUGGGCAUGCCAAAUGGUCACCUACCUGAUGUCACCAGGGCAGGUGCCAACAACGCCCCCAGACAGGCACUCCAGGUGAGGGAGAAGCUGACCACCUACUUCUCAUCGCCAGCAGGUGAAGUCCCAUGGCAGUAUGCCGUGGAGUGAAACUGCUCUUUUAAGAGGCCCCUAACACAAAGGUUAUUUUAAGAACCAUCCACCAUUGUCCAUAAAGUUGCAUUUUCCCCCCAGAUUACUUUAUGUAUCUUUGUCUCUCUUCAUUUGAAAGCUAUAUUUAAGUGACAUUUGGGAGUAAAGACCACACCUUAAAAACCCUUCCCUCUCCCAUUAACGUCAGUAUGGCAUGGUACAUCAGGUGAGCGGGAGCACUAAUUAAGGUUAUACGACAUACUAUACAUACUAAUAUAUACGACAUAGUAUGAUAACAAAGGGAAAGGGUAACCUAGGGUCCAUACAAAUAGUACAGCUUACCACCAUGUUCACUGGCCUGACAAAAUACAGGUGGGAAAAAAACGAAUUAGGAAGAGAAUGUGUUUUUACUUUCAUCAAGAAAUAAGCAGAUUAAGUCUAAAUGAGAUAUUAAUAAACAACUGAAACAACUGACUAUGAAAACAUAAUUUAAUAAGUAUUCAAG